AUGCUAUGCCUCCAGCCAAGACGCUAUCUAGAUCGGCUGACAAAAGCAGGUGACAUCUGUGGAUCGGUUCUGCUCGAUGCCGCAUUCAAGGCUUUUCUCAAUGUUCUGGUGAAUGAUAAACAUCUAAGUGGAAAAUCCUCCGAAUUGGCGUUGAAGUAUUGGCAAGAUCAAAUCAAGCCCAAUUUUGCGAGUGACCCGGACUUUGAGGAGGAGACCCAUUUUGUACCUCUGCCUGGAUUGAAGGAUAACCCCAAAAUAGGUCUACAAGAUGGGUUUCUUCAGCUGGAGGGUGCUCAGAUUAAGAAGAUCUUUGAUCCGGUUGUUGACCGAGUCAAGGUGCAAAUAGUUCACCAGGUCAAUAGUGCUAGAGCCAAGAAUAUGCCAGUGAAGUUGGUCUGCUGUGAUGCUGGCGACGAGAUUCACGAAGGAAAACCCAUACGGAUGGGUUUUGACAUGACCGUUGCUGUUGGCAGAACGCCCAGUGUUACAAGCAGACUAAAGAUAUGCCUUCACAGUGAAGCACCAGAACGUAGCGAUAGUAGUGUCUACCAGUUGUGUACCUUGACAACUGAUUUAAGCAGUGUACCAACUCAAUACUUCACAAAACACAGGAACAGCAAAGGCACGGUUUACUACACUGUUGAAUUUUACAUUAUUAUGACCCCGGGGUCCGCCUCAAUGAAAUUCGAGCUGGAGUUCAAUGGCCAAUCGUACGGGGAGGUUCAGGCUACUUAUUUUGAAUGA